UAAAACCCUAGAAACCAACCAUCCCGUCCCCCUUCCCGCCGUCCUCGCCUUCCCUCCCUUCCCCGCCCAUCCCCACCGCCACAUCCUCCUCCGCCGCCAUGGGCCGCAAGCUUCCCGCCGAGCAAACGGAAGCGGAAUUACCCAGGAGCAGCAAAAAGGAGAAGAAGAGCAAGAAGGACAAGAAGCGGAAGCUCGCGGCCGAGGCCGAGGAGGCGGCGGCGACGGAGGAGGCGGUAGUGAAGAGCAGCAAGAAGAAGCGGGCGGAGGAUGGGGCCAGAGGAGGAGGAGGAGGGGCGGCCGAGAACGGCGCCGAGAAGGCCGUGGCGGUGACCGGGAAGGGCUCGGAGGACCCCAAGUACGCGGCGCUGCGGUCGUUCACCGCCGCCGAGCUGCCGUCCCAGGUGCUCGACUGCUGCAAAGAGUUUUCGCAGCCAUCGCCCAUCCAGGCGCACUCCUGGCCGUUCCUCCUUGACGGCAGAGACCUCAUUGGCAUCGCCGCCACCGGAUCCGGGAAAACAAUUGCCUUCGGUGUGCCAGCUCUGAUGCACAUCAGAAAGAAGGUUGGAGGGAAAACGGGCAAGAAGGCCGUGCCGCGGUGCCUCGUGCUGUCACCAACGAGGGAGCUCGCUCAGCAGAUUGCAGAUGUACUAAGUGAGGCUGGUACACCUUGUGGGAUAAAUUCAGUUUGCCUUUAUGGUGGAACUUCAAAGGGACCCCAAAUAGCUGCCCUUAAAUCAGGAGUGGAUAUAGUCAUAGGAACUCCUGGUCGCAUGAAAGACCUUAUUGAAAUGGGUUUUUGUAACCUUAAUGAAGUUUCGUUUGUGGUUCUAGAUGAAGCAGAUAGAAUGCUGGAUUUGGGUUUUGAACCUGAAGUCAGGGCAAUUUUGAGCCAAACAUCAUCUGUACGGCAGAUGGUUAUGUUCAGUGCAACUUGGCCUCUUGCUGUCCACAAGCUAGCCCAAGAGUUCAUGGAUCCGAAUCCGAUAAAGGUUGUUAUUGGAUCAGAAGAUCUUGCAGCUAACCAUGAUGUGAUGCAAAUUGUUGAAGUAUUGGAUGAUAGAUCACGAGAUUCAAGAUUACUUGCCUUGCUUGACAAAUACCAUCAAGCACAAAGCAACAGGGUUUUGGUUUUUGUGCUGUACAAGAAAGAAGCUGCACGAGUGGAAACAAUGCUUCAGAGAAGGGGAUGGAAGGCUGUUUCAGUCCAUGGAGACAAGGCUCAGCAUGAUAGAACAAAAGCUUUAUCUUUAUUUAAAGAAGGAAAAUGCCCUUUAAUGAUUGCUACAGAUGUUGCUUCACGUGGACUUGAUAUUCCUGAUGUUGAAGUUGUCAUUAAUUAUAGUUAUCCUUUGACAACUGAGGAUUACGUCCACAGGAUAGGAAGGACUGGUCGUGCUGGCAAGAAAGGUGUUGCUCAUACCUUUUUCACCCAAGAGAACAAGGGUCUUGCUGGUGAACUUGUGAAUGUUUUGCGGGAGGCUGGCCAGGUUGUUCCUUCAGCCCUUAUGAAAUUUGGCACACAUGUCAAGAAAAAGGAAUCUAAAAUAUAUGGCUCUCACUUCAAGGAAAUCACUGCAGAUGCUCCUAAAUCUACGAAGAUCACAUUCGGUGAUUCUGACGAGGACUAAACUAACAACGGUUGAUAUUUUCUCAUCCCUGCUUAUGGAAACUUGAUAUAUCUCGGUUGAUGAUGCUAGUGAUAUCAUCGAAUCAGGUAUCCGGAAGCUGAUUGCAGUGGAUGUAAUACGUGGCAGAAGGCAACUCCAGAAUAUAGCUAUCAUAGUAUCAUCCAUCCAUGUUUUAGGUAGUUUAUUAUGAGCAGCAUUCUGCUUAUGUAUUUUUUGACCAUCCGCAUUAUAAUUAGUUGUAUGCACCACAACUCUUUUCUUGGAGAAUAGUUAAAUCCAACUAUGAUAGUGAUUAAAUAGUAAAGAUGUAGUUCUGUUCUGGUUGUAGAAAA